GUCGUUGUGAUUCACAGACCACAGGCAGGGGGGUUUUCUCCCAGCAGCUUCUGUCGGGCCGACGUUUUGUUUUUACACACGAAACAUAAAGAAAAAAAAAGCGAAGCAACUGUUUUUAAUCUCUUUUUUUCCCGCGCCGUCCUUGUGGCAUGCCGCUGUUUAAGGAGGACCCUGCUCACCUCUCCAAGUCUCGACUCAAGUCGGAUUUGGUCGCCCACAAUGUCGCGCUGCCACCUGCCAAGAGCAGAAAGGAAGUUUACGUGGAGUUGCACUUGAAACACGUCGACCAGAAAAACGCAGCGGAUUUCUCCAGCGACGAGGAGGAUCAAGGAGAAGAUGUGGCAGUGGAGGAGGAGGAUGCAGAGGUUCUUGACCCAUGUGGUUUGACGGAUGAUGACCUCAAGGCUGCACUGCUCAAACAUGGGUUUAAAGCUGGACCCAUAGUUGCCUCCACCAGGGCCUUGUAUGAGAAUAAACUGAGGAAGCUGCUUCAGCCUAAUGGGCACGAGCGUGUGAACGGACCAGAGAAAGAUGUAUUAUACUCGGACAGUGAAGAAGGAGAGGAAGAAGACGAAGAGGAGGAAGAAGAAGGUUCUGAUGCAGCAACAGAAGAAACUGUUGAACAGCCAGUCCAGGUCCGACAACAGAGAAGCCAGAAUGGUGAAUUUGUUUACCCGCAGUGCUUUGUACCUUCAUCAAGGCUGCGUGCUCAUGCUCCGAGAAUCAGGGAACCUUGUCCCAAGCGGAAUUCAAGGAAUGUGUUAAAAUCAUCAGAGCGGAGUUGGUCUCGCUGCUCACAGAUUCCAGCAGGAAUUAGUAAAGCAUCCUCUGUAGAUCAACGCUCGGGAUUAGGAUCAGGGGUUUCACAGGGAUCACAAUCAGCUGUGCCUAAUGGUUGCUCAUCAUUUUCCUCUCAGGCCUUCAGCAUCACUCAGAUGGUUGAAGAGAUGGAGAGUCAGAGGUCACUCAUUUCUAACACAGAUACAGAGAAAGAGCUGAAUGGGAGCAAUGUGCAGGAACGUUGGACACAAUCCAACAGGCUGGACACGUGGAUUGUGGACAAGCGCAACCGGUCCAUGUACUACACUCCUGAGGCCUCCCCUUAUAAACAGGAAAUAAAGCCUCCCCUGGAGCCUGUGAAAGAUCUUCUCAAUGACUUGUUUCCAGACACUCAGGUCACACCAACAGGGAUCUAUGCAACACGUCGGAAACCCAUCAAGGGUGCAGCAGGGAGACCUUUUGAAUAUGUGCACCCAGACUCCCCGGCCAGUCCCACGACCCUGGAGAGACGAGAACUGGAGCGCCGCCUCGUGCCCGUCCACAUACAGAUUUUCAUCUUCCUCAUUGUUGUGGUUCUUUUGUAUGUCAUUUAUGCUUGUGUUGAGGAAAACUCGCUUAGUCCGUUUAUGGCCUUACUAGAUGGUCUGAACCCAGAGCCAGACAGUGAGGGGGAGCUCCUGCUUCAGGCUGAGGUACAGGACACACCAGCGCCCUCUGGAGAGGAGUAAAUCUGGACUUUUUAAAUUUCUCUGCAUUGACUUACACAUGCCGUAUUUUGUUGCUGUUGUUUUCGUGGCCACGAUGACCGUGUCCUGGGACAUCUUCAGGAAACGCAUAUUGCUUUAAAAGUUCAUAAUUGCUUGUCUGUAAUGGAGUGUCUGUUUGGGAACAAAUCUCAACAUCCAGUUUUACAUGUUUAUUUGUUAUGGAUGAAAGUUUUGUCAGUUUUGUGUAGUGACUCAAGACGGUUUUCUCAUUUAAAACAAUAAUUAGAAUGCUGUAUGUUUAUCUGUUUCAUUAGCUAAAUUGUGAUAUGUGAUGGUGCCUUCUUCAGUGAAUUUCUGUCAUUGUACUUGUGUUUUUUUGUUUUUUUUAUAAUAUAUUUGAACCAUAUUUCAAAAUAAAGGAUGUUUUGCUUCAUA